UGUCUAAACGAUAUCAUUGUCUCCCAUUUCUAAGUCGUCUAAUCCUUGCUCAAUGGCCAUUCUCUCCGCUUUAGUUUUGGCCACUAUCGUGACCGUGGCUCGAGCCCAGUCUCUCACCGUUCUAAACAAAUGCUCUGAAUCUGUUUUCUUGUACACGAGCACUAGCUAUGGUUCUAUCGACACCAACGUCAACAUUGCUCAAGGCCAGAGUGCAAACCUAGGCAUUAGCUCCAACUGGGAUGGCGCUAUCAACGUCGGUACUGGAUGCAACAGCGACGGUACUACGUGUACCACUGGUGGGCCUACCUGGGAUGGUAACACUCCCUUCAGUAGAGCCGAAUUUAACUUUUACGCAAUCCCUGGAAGCGUGACAUACGAUCUCUCGUUCAUCUAUGGGUAUAACGUUGGAAUGGAGAUUUCCUCCGCUGAUGCGAGUUGCGAUGCCUUCGCUUGCACGAUCUCAUCUGGCUGUCCCGUUCCCGGACCUGGAUCCGACACGUGCUACUCCCCGUGCUGCUCCUCUGCGAGCGCGUGCAGCGGUGGUGCUCUUCCCGCCGGCGGCGGAGGCUGCGUUAACAACGAGGGCCCUGGCCCCAACAGUCCUUUCUACUAUGACACUUGUUAUAAUGCCUAUGCAUUCCCUGACAAUGACGGCGCGAAUGGCUAUGUUCCUGCUGACUUUGUCGUGUAUACUUGUGGGAACACCGAUAUCACUCUUACUCUGUGCCCUGGCAUAACUUCUCACUACACCUAGUAGAUAUAGGCGAUGGGUGGCUAUUUAUGUUGUAAAUUGGAGCUGUCGUAUUCGUUCGAUACAGCGUGGUUUCUUGGUGCUAAUCUUGUCGGUAGUUGUUUGUGGGUAGCAAAUUAUGUCUAUAUGUAUGUACUUUGAAUGGAAUCGGUUCGUAUAUGAUUGUCAAAUUCAA